AUGGCCAACAUGCACACUGAUCCAUCAUUUCAUCGAUCCUUGUUUCUCGAGCAGACCUUCAUCGACAGUCCCAGAUUCGGACACUCCAACAAGUUUUCGCACCUCUUCAAUGAUGCUAGGAGAGACGAUUAUUUGAUCGGGAUCAGCACUGUCGCUCUGAUCUUGGCGUGCAUCUUUCUCUGCUGGUUGCUAUUCCUCUUGAUGCUGAAAUGCUGUGGCGGAAAGAGUCGAGUUGGAUUCCUCUCUGGCGCACAGUAUGAUGCAACCACUCCCACAGGAGACGUGAAUAGACGACCCACACGAGGAAGAGUAGUGUUUGGGCUUAGUGCCAUUGGAAUGAUUACAUUCACAAUGCUCAUGGUCUUCCUUGGUCUUCCAGGGUUGGAAAAUAUGUCUAGUGACCUGUCUGAUGGGGCUGAUCUUGGAGCAGAUAUUCUAAGGGAUGGAGAGACCGCGACAGGCGCCUUCGUCGCAGGCAGUAGGCGAAUUUUGGCAACCCGAGAUGUGGCGGUCGAAAGCUUAAAACUUGCUUUCAGGACGGGGAAAACAAUUGCUCCGGCGGCUGAAAUUGUGGACCCCCUUUUAUUAAACUCGACUGCAACGACCAAUGCCACAAAUGCCACCGAAUCAUCCCCAAAUCAUCUCAAUUUCGCUGUUCAAAACAAAGUGCGAAGAGUUCUGGACAGUCUGGAAGCGAUCAACGAAACAGCACAAAAGGAGGGAAGCGAUUUGAUCGACACUCUCGAAGCUGGUGAAGAGAGAUUUCGUACGCUUUCUGAUUCGCUGGACGACGUUGACUUGAUGACUCUCCAAAUCUCCAUGGGGGUUGGUUUGAUUCUGCUACCCUUUGUCCUCCUUCUCAUUAUGAUUGCAGUUGCGUCGGGAGUCAAAAACAGCUGCUUGCAGUGCUUUACGUUUUUCUUGAUACCCCUAUUUGUUGCAUUGAUCCUGUUCUUACUCAUAAUGACAGCACUGGCUGCUAUCAGUGGAAUCCUUAAUGCAGAUUUCUGUCAUUCCGGAUUUGACAACACACAUGACUCGACACUAUUGGAGAUCCUGACUCAAUCUGGUUCUGAUAGAGAUUCCUUUGCAUUCAGAUCAACUACAUAUGUUUUACGGAAUUGUGUACCUCCUACCGAACCCAUUGCCUAUCCGCUCGAUUUCAUGGAAGCAUUUGAGACGAAAAUACGCGUAGCGGUGGAGAACGUCGCAACACUGUCAGAGGAGAUUGAAACUCUUGGGGUGGAGAAACUUUCUCAAGAUUUGAAGUUCGACGUGGCAUCGAUGCAAGAGGAGCUGGCAACGUUUGAAGAGAGAGUGGCUGAGAGCAUUGAGACAGUGGGAUAUGCUUUGGCAGACCUUGGAUGUGAACGGCUGAGGGAAAUCUACGACAUAGCAAUUGGAGAGGCCAUUUGCGACUAUACAGGAGUUCUGUGGACAUUUUUUUCGUUCCUUGCAAUGACGUUUUUUGCCUGUCUCAUGCUGACCUUCCGAGCCGUCCUAUUCCCGGUUUCGUCGCAUCUUCCUGUCGUUGGUAGUGAUGAGCUUGAAAACUCAGCAAAGGAUAAGGGCGAAGAAGACGACAGUAAGGAUUCUGAGGGCACCGGAACGGGGGCUGAACCAAGCGCGGAUGAAUUCAUGGAUGAACCAGAGGGAGACGAACCAGAGGGGUCAACUAAUGAGGACCAGGGAGAGACAGAACGAGGGGAAGAUGGUGAUCCAGAACCAUCGCCCGAAUAUGCAGUUCCAGUGAUUGUAAAGGGUGUGGGCUUUGAUGAAGAUCCAGACCCAUCUGGGACAGGGAUAGUGGUGAUACCUCAGCCGCCUGGAGCAGAAUUUGAUUGCAUCAUUUGGGUUUAG